CCCUCUGCAGUCCUUCAGCCUUUUCUUUCGCCAUCUCACUCCUCAGAGGAAGGCUACUUACCUGUGGUACCAACAGUCAGGCUUGGGCUGCGAGAGCAACCAUUCUGUUCGCACCGUCAAAAUAACCCCUUGCAUCUGACAGAAGAGGCGACGGGAACCGCUGCGCCAACAUGCCACCUCCUCGGCGCCGGCAGAAUCGCCAGAGCUGUGACCGCUGUCACGCUCACAAAUUGCGAUGUCCGAAGCAAUUUGGCAGUGUCGUCUGUACGCGUUGCUCCAAGGCCGGGGCCGCUUGUGUGUAUAGCCCUGUAGGGACAUUUCCGCUUUACCAGGACCUUUCCGCAACAUCCAACACUCCGCAUCUUCCCCACGAAAACUUCGACUGGGGAAUCUUCUCUUUUGAUCAGUUCGAAAGCCCCUCUGAUAUUCAAAAUCCCGGGGCUCCUCCCUUUGAUGAGGCGACUGAGACCAACAUCCCCCUUGAACCCCGAGCUCAAUGCUUCCAUGGCUUGUACAACAUCGCUGUUACACUAAAGAAAGCCAUGAGCGGCCUUCCGCCAGUUGCGAAGUUCCACGUGUCUGGCGCCAAGAUGAAAGAGCGUUGUCUCGAAGUUUCCAAGCACUACAGCCUCAAGAACUCGCUCGAGGUGAUGCUUAACCAGACCCAGAACCUCGUCGACACGUACCCUGAGACGGUCAGACUAGCACUGGAGCAUCUUCCGAAUGAUGAGUGCUGCCAGGCAGACUGCAUACACACUUACGAGUCGCAUCUUAACCUCGGUGAAGACCCCUUUAAAACCGCGGCGCAUCUGGCGACCAAAGUCGACUAUCCUUUGCUUAAGCUCUUGCUAUCCUGCCACUAUCAAUGUGCAGACAUGAUGGAACUUGUGCUCUGCCACACUCAAGUCUGCUUCAAGUCUCACGCAGCUGCAAAAGAGCAAGGAGACGACCCCCAUCAGUUUGAGAUCCCUGAGCUCAGGAUGGGUUCUUUCACCCCCUCGCCGCGUUUUUCGCCCUCUAUCGUCACAGCUAUAUUGAUAGAUCUUCAGUCUUCUCUGGCUGGCUGUGUACUCAAGCUCACCACUGCGCUAAAGCAGUUCGACCAAGGCCUCGGAAAGGAGGGCCGUAUAAUCUUGCUAGAAUGCGACCUGCUUUCGGAGAGAGCGCAUUCGAUUGUGGAGAGCCUAAAGAAGUUGCGUGGACCUCUCACCCAGGCCGGAAUCCUCGAGUGAAGACCACGGACUGCAACUUGACGUCUCGAUACAAUUUUGUGUUACUUUGAGAGGCUCUACUGGGUUCGCCCGCCAGCUGCGCAACUUGGCUCUGGAUGGAACAUGCCCAAGCUUGUUAUGGGUUUCGGCAAUCGAGGACACGACCUACAAAGGCACCCAAGCGGGAAUCUACACCAACGUCGUUAGAGAGAAAGAAACGAAGACCACGAAACAUUGGAAUGAGACGUUGAAUCGCCUCAUAUGUCGUGCAUCUUCCUAUAGAGGUGUUAUAAAGGCGUAUUGAUAUGGCUCGACCACGGUUGUUUCAGCACCGAUCGGCGUCCUCGGAUGUCCUCGACACAACAUCUGGAACAUGUAAAAGACUGGGCUACCAUCUAAUAGCUUGAGCUUACCACAGCUAAGUUAGGAACGACGCAUAAAGAUAAUAAUGGAUGGGUUCCGAGAGGUACACUUAUACAAUGCUCCUAAUUUCAUGGACCGCGACACGUCACUACCCAGACACCUCCUGUUACUGUACUUCAAGCUACAAUCUCUUUAAGCCAAGGCUAUAGGUGGCUGGAAAAAACCGCGGCAAAUCGACACUCCGACUUCAACGCAGAGGUUUACUACUUCCCUAAGUCAAAAGCUCGAUCUUCGAGCUGGUCCCGACAGUUGCAUACUCUAUCAACCGCUUGAAUGAAAUGGCUGCAUCCAUCUGAUGACCGUUGGCCGAUGUCGGUAGUUGUUGGCGCGGUUGAGAUCGUGGACAG